GUAAAGCAAUCCAGUUUCAUAACCUUGAGUGGGAGGAGUUUGGCUUUUCUGGAAGCUGGGAGCAACAGCGCUGGAGUUGUGAGGGGGAACUAGAGCAACGGCGAGCAAGGGAAAAGCCUCGCGCGUCUCAGCGAAGCCCUGCGCGUGGGUAGAAUGAGUAGAAUCAACUGAACUGCGCACUUUAAUAACAGCCUACAUUUUUAUCCCAGAAACGGCGUGUAGUUCUUUUUUUGGGCUCGACAGAAUCGAGUUAGUUAGUUUAGCGUUUAGUCGACUUAACCCACCUGGUUCCGUGACUUCAACAGCGAUUAUUUUGGAGUUGUUUUUAACGUUUGAAUUACCUCAACCUCGAGUGGCGGCGGGAUUAAGGGGGCCGGGAGAGAGGGCGGAGAAGGUGGGGCGGAGCGAGUCAAACGGACCGAGCGCUCACUACUGUCCGCCCGCUUCAACCGAACCACCAACGGAUGUUUUUCCUUUCAUUAAAACCGACAGGAAUCAAUAAUUUUUUGUUUGUCGGAAUUUGGAGAGCGGUAACGUCGGCUGUCAGUGUUUCUUUUCGCCGCACAUUCCUGGUACCCUGAAGUAUCUAAUUUACGCUGUAAUCCUCUGAUAUAUUUACCAUUUGGACGGAUUUUUUUGGUGGGAGUGUAAAUUCCCCGGUCUUGUUGGACCAUGGCCGACGACGACGUGCUCUUUGAAGAUGUUUACGAGCUGUGCGAGGUCAUUGGCAAGGGGCCGUUUAGUGUGGUGCGAAGAUGCAUCAACAGGGAGACGGGCCAGCAGUUUGCUGUGAAGAUUGUGGAUGUGGCCAAAUUCACCUCCAGCCCUGGCCUCAGCACAGAAGAUCUGAAGAGAGAAGCAAGCAUCUGCCACAUGCUGAAACAUCCUCACAUAGUGGAGCUUCUGGAGACCUACAGCUCUGAUGGGAUGCUCUACAUGGUGUUUGAGUUCAUGGAUGGAGCAGAUCUCUGCUUUGAGAUUGUGAAGAGAGCAGACGCUGGUUUUGUUUACAGUGAGGCAGUAGCCAGUCACUACAUGAGACAGAUCCUAGAGGCUUUGCGGUACUGCCAUGACAACAACAUCAUUCACCGGGAUGUGAAGCCUCAUUGUGUGUUGCUGGCAUCAAAGGAGAAUUCUGCUCCGGUGAAACUUGGUGGCUUUGGUGUGGCUAUACAGCUGGGAGAGUCCGGAUUAGUAGCUGGAGGCCGGGUGGGCACUCCACACUUCAUGGCCCCUGAGGUGGUGAAAAGAGAACCCUAUGGGAAACCUGUGGAUGUUUGGGGCUGCGGAGUCAUCCUGUUCAUCCUCCUGAGUGGCUGCCUGCCCUUCUAUGGCACCAAAGAGCGCCUGUUUGAAGCAGUCAUAAAAGGAAAAUAUAAGAUGAAUCCUCGGCAGUGGGGCCAAAUCUCAGAGAGUGCCAGAGACCUGGUGCGCCGUAUGCUGAUGCUGGACCCUGCAGAGAGGAUCACAGUAUAUGAAGCUCUCAACCACCCCUGGCUCAAGGAGAGAGACCGCUAUGCCUACAAGAUCCACCUUCCUGAGACAGUCGAGCAGCUGAGGAAGUUCAAUGCCAGGAGGAAACUAAAAGGUGCAGUGCUUGCCGCAGUCUCCAGUCACAAGUUCAACUCUUUCUAUGGCGACCCACCUGAAGAACUGCCUGACUUCUCUGAGGACCCUACUUCAUCAGGACUACUAGCAGAGGAAAGGGCUGUGUCACAAGUGCAUCCUAUCGGGACCAACUUUGUCUGGAGUUUAACUUUGGUUUUGGUUGGUUUUUCUUUGGAUGUGCUGUACGACAAGAUAAACACUAAGUCUUCACCACAAAUCAGGAAUCCUGCAAGUGACGCAGUUCAGAGAGCCAAAGAGGUACUGGAGGAGAUUUCAUGCUACCCGGAGAAUGCAGACGCUAAAGAACUGAGACGGAUUCUAACCCAGCCCCAUUUCAUGGCCUUACUUCAGACUCAUGAUGUUGUGGCACAUGAGGUAUACAGUGACGAGGCGCUGAGGGUCACCCCACCCCCCACAUCACCAUAUCUCAACGGAGACUCACCUGAGAGCACGAACGGAGACAUGGACAUAGAGAACGUGACACGAGUGCGCCUGGUUCAAUUCCAGAAAAACACUGACGAACCGAUGGGUAUCACGUUGAAAAUGAACGACCUGAACCAUUGCAUCGUGGCAAGAAUAAUGCAUGGAGGAAUGAUCCACAGACAAGGAACUUUGCAUGUUGGAGACGAGAUUCGGGAGAUCAACGGCAUAAGUGUAGCAAAUCAAACAGUGGAGCAGCUUCAGAAGAUGCUUCGGGAAAUGAGAGGCAGCAUCACCUUUAAGAUUGUGCCAAGCUACCGCACACAGCAGUCGCCCUGUGAGAAAGAAUCCCCCUCCACCUCCAGACAGUCCCCUGCUAAUGGCCAUUCCAGCAUUAACAGUUCUAUCUUGGACUUGCCGUCAACCAUCCAGCCAAUAGGACGUCAGAUCUAUGUACGGGCACAGUUCGAGUAUGAUCCAGUGAAGGAUGACCUCAUCCCCUGUAAAGAGGCAGGGAUUCGCUUCAGGGUGGGUGACAUAAUCCAGAUUAUCAACAAAGAUGACCAUAACUGGUGGCAAGGCAAGCUGGAAAACACCAAGAAUGGCACAGCAGGACUGAUUCCCUCACCUGAACUUCAGGAGUGGCGGGUGGCCUGUAUAGCCAUGGAGAAAACCAAGCAAGAACAGCAGGCAAGCUGUACUUGGUUUGGCAAGAAAAAAAAGCAGUACAAAGACAAAUACCUAGCAAAGCACAACGCAGAUCUGGUCACAUAUGAGGAAGUAGUGAAGUUGCCAGCAUUCAAGAGGAAAACAUUAGUUUUACUAGGUGCUCACGGUGUUGGCCGAAGACACAUCAAGAACACACUCAUCACCAAACACCCAGACAGAUUUGCUUAUCCCAUUCCACACACAACCAGACCUGCAAAGAAAGAUGAAGAGAACGGCAAGAAUUAUUUCUUUGUAUCCCACGACCAAAUGAUGCAGGACAUCUCCAACAACGAUUACCUGGAGUACGGCAGCCACGAGGACGCGAUGUACGGCACGCGGUUGGAGACAAUACGCAAGAUCCAUGAGCAGGGACUCGUAGCCAUACUGGACGUAGAGCCACAGGCACUGAAGGUUUUACGGACAGCUGAAUUUGCUCCCUAUGUGGUUUUCAUUGCUGCACCAACCAUCACUCCCGGCAUGAACGAGGACGAGUCAUUACAGAGGCUGCAGAAGGAGUCCGAGAUCCUCCAGAAGACAUAUGCACACUAUUUUGACCAAACCAUCAUCAAUAAUGAGAUUGACGAGACUAUUCGGCUCCUGGAGGAAGCCAUAGACCUGGUUUGCACCACGGCCCAGUGGGUUCCAGUGUCCUGGGUCUACUAAAACAGCAAGCCCAUCAACCUGUAAUCUUACACCCUUCAUAACCUCAUACUUUGCGGCGCAUCUCUGCAAGAAGAAGAAGAAGAAAAAAAACUUGCAACUUUCCCAUGAUGUAAACAGAAGCCCACCUCUGACGUUUAACAACAACAUUGAUGUACCUGCAGUGAGCCCAGUCUUGGCCCCUCACAGACUACCUAGACCUAGUGUUGUAUUAAUGAAAAAAAUCUAUAAAAUAAAUGACUAAAUAUUGUCAUAUCUAUAUAGCUAGGAGGCAACAUUUUGUAGACGUUUGAUUUAAAGAGACAGUAUCCUACAUGACGCAUUUUCCUGAAAGGAAUAUUUUUAUAGUUUUUAUGCCCAUAUUGCUUUAGUACCAGACUGAAAGUGUGGUAUUCCUACAACAGAAUUCUCACAGCUUUCAUCUGUCCAGCCGUCCAUCAUACAUAAUCCCACAUUAUCCAUGCGGCAGAGCCCAGCUGCUUUAGCACAACCCUGCGAUUCAGCUUUCAACCCUUUGACUUUUUUUGGUUCGUUUUUCCCAUUUCACCCUCCUCUACACGUGGAUACUGUCUCUCUAAAGACGCACAUAGAUGUUUUAGAGAUUUGAACGAGAUCUCAUGCAUGUGAACAUUCACGAGCGUCCAUGCUGUCAGUGUUAGCUGUGUUCAGACCAUCACCCACAGCAGAAAACAUUCCAUUCGUCUGGAUGAACACAUUCAAACAGCUGGAGCCGGUGACGAGGAGAGAAAGAAAAAAAAAGACCUAUGCACAUCUCUUGCAUUUUGGCAACUUUGUAAACAGUUUAUUUUUACCAAUCCUGUAGUAAAAUGUGUUUGUAAAUGGUCAACAUUUUUAUUUGUUGUAAGAUUAAGGGGCUCAGGAUGAAAAUGAGUUUAGAAAUGUGUCGUUUGAGAGUAUUAAUGUUGAUUCAGAAAUCCCAUUUUUAUUCUGUGCAGUUGUUUGAGGAAGAGGUCUGCAAAGCGAAAAGACAACACGGUCUGUUCAUCUGAAUGCUUCUGUACAUGACAAACCGUUUACUCAAACUGCCCUGUGUAAAUGGCUCUGCCGAUGACGGAGCAGAUUUUUUUUUUUAUAUAUAUAUUUCCUUUUAUGUGGUGAAGAUCUCCUCUGUCUUCGGCUCUGUGUUGCUCAUCCAGCUCUUUUGCUCGGCCUCUCUGUGUGAGUUGGCAGAGACGGGCCAAUGGAAAACUUUUGGUUCCUCUUUUACCGUUUUGUUUUUCCGGAUUUUUCCCAGCAGCUGUGGUAGGUCACGCCCUGCCCGCUUGACUCUGAGUGACUGCAGUCGGGAUCAGUGCCCAGUUAUGUGUCUGAGAGCGACGCAGAGUGGGUGUUUGCUUGACCAGUGGUGCUGUGUGUCGGACAUAUUUCUGUAUGCAAUAGAAACCGAGAGCUAGUGCGCUGCUACACGUGUAAAGUUUCCAAUACGCUAAUAUUCAAGAUUUUUAUUUGAAGUCUCUUAUGUUCACCAAGGCUGCA